UAGAGCGCAGGCGGAUCUGCGUCUCGGAGAGCGAGAGAAGGGGGAUAAGGGGAAGUGGGGGGGCCUGCGCUGCGCGAGGCUGUCAUGGCGACUAGCAUCGAGCAGAUUUUUCGGUCUUUUGUCGUUAGCAAGUUCCGGGAGAUCCAGGAGCAGCAGUUCGGCAGUGCAAAGUUAGGAAGUCAGCACAAUGGUGAAAUAAACUCAUCUGAGCAAGUGAACUCUUCAGAUGAUACAAUUACGUCUAUUGGGAAUCUUCAGAAUGAUCCACUAGUGCAGAAGAUAGAACAAGUACUAUCAGAAGUGUUGGGUGCAGAGUCACAGUACAAACCAGAUGGUGGCGAGGAUACAGUGAGAAAUAAAUCUCACUCUACUAAAAGAGGCUUAUCUGAAGAAGUAGAAGAUGAAAUUCCAAGGAAAAAGUCUAAGAAGGAUAAGAAACACAAAGAUAAGAAGAAGAAGAAGAAAAGGAAGAAGGAAAAGAAGGAGAAAAAGUAUAAAAAGCAAUCCAAGGAAUCAAAACUAAAUGAGCAGCAUAAAGAAUGUGGAGAUACGCAGUCCAUUUCUCAUUCAAAAUCAGAAAGCUCGAGCUCCAUACCAAGUACAGAAGAUAUAGAUCUACAGUCUGUAUCUCCUUCGAAACAGACUUCUGGGUGGCUUCUGGAAAAAACUGUAUAUGAAAACCUUAAUUUGGCCACGUCAAAUUCACAUGAUGCAAAUAAUUCCGUUAGCAGCAAACUGGAUACAACUAGAGAUUCUGCUUUAGCCAAUAUUCAAGAGCUCAAUAUUCAAGAGCUCAAUGAAGUCAAGCUUACAAAUGAGAGAGAAUUGGAAAAUAACACCUACCAGCCUACCAACGUAGCUUUGAAUUUGUGCAUAGGGAAUGAAUCUUUAAAUAUUGCUGAUGUUGAAGGUAGAGUGGCUAGCAUAAAAGAAUAUGAACAGUCUGAAGGUAGUUUGACAUUGGAGGCUAUGGAAGAAACAAGUGCUCCUGAAAGCAGUCCAAAGUCUGUAGUAGUACAACUGGAAUAUUUGGAAACAAGUUCAUCUGACACAAUGGAGGUAAAAGAUUUGGACUCUGUCUCAGAAACUAUCAAUCCUGAAAUGUUGAAACAAGCAGCAGCAACUUCAUUUGAAACUGCUAGCUGUAAUUUCGCCAACCUUCCCUCAGAGGCAGCUGCAGAAGCCAAAGAUUCAGUGACAACUCUGGGUUUUUUGGCUAUGGUGGUAGGAAAAGAUUUUGAAGCCACUUCAGAAUUUUUGAAUACAGCAAAAGUGAAAGCUUCUGAAAUAAGCCCCAAUCAGGCUACCUUUAUGGAUAUGAAAGAGGAUUUGCUACAUGACUCUGAGAGCAUCGUCACAGUGAAAGAUCUGCAACUGAGUCAACAGUUUGAGUCAACAGCAGUGUUGAAAGACUUGGAAGCAGCUUCAGAAUCUCUGCAUACAGUCUCUGAAAAAUAUUUUGAACCAGCUCUAGGAACUAAACUGAAGCAUCAUCGAGAAGAAUUAAAAAUAAUUACAGAGUUGGAUGCCCAGAAAUGCACAGCAGCAACCCCUGAUGUUGAGACAAGGGCAGGGGUGAAAGAAUUAGGAGCAGCUCAAGCUUCGCCAGUCAAGACAAUGUUGAAUGAUGCAGAAAAACAUCAAAUACUUUUGCAAACUGUAGCAGAUGCAAAAGAUGCACCAGAAUUAGAGGACAUGAAAAGCACAGAUUCAACUUCAAAAGUGAGGACUAUGGAAGUUGGGGAGAUGGACAUUAGAUGCUCACAAGCAAAAUCUAAACGUAUAACAGAAAUGAAAAAGUGGAUUGCUGUGCCAGAACUUCUUAGAAUGAAGGGUGUGAAGAAUCUAGAUCGUUGUCCAGAAUUUGAGGGAGAUAGGCAAGUGAAUUAUUUGGAAACUCCCCCAGAAACUGUGGUAGGGAAGAGAGGAGAGUCAGGAAUUACUGAAGAUUCUGAGGCAGUGAUUGAUGUACAAGUUCCUGAAAGCAUUUCACAAUCUGAAACUGUUCUAAAUAUUAAUGAUUUAGAAAUGGCUCCAGAGAUAGUAAAAACACAUAAUCUGGAAGCUUCAAAAUAUGAGGAUGUAAGAGAAAGUAAUACUGUGGGGAAUGUAAAGGAUUUUGGAAAAGUUCCAGAAUCAUUAAUGACUGUGAAAAAUUUGGUCAGCAUUUCAGAAUCUCAAUGCACAAAAGAAAUGAAAAGUGCAAAAGACAUUUUGCAACUUGAGGCAGUAACUCAGAGAAAAGAUUUAGAAACUAGUCUAGAGACAGAAGAAGAGCAAGGGGAGAGAGAGAUGGAUGCUACUUCAGAUUCGCUGCAUAUGAUAUUUGCAAAUUAUUCAGAACAGAGCCUAGAACAUGAUACAGAAUCUGAGAUUAUGAUGAAGUUGAAAAGUUCAGGAAAUGUUCCUGAGUCACUGCACAUGGUGGAUGCAAACAAAUUUGAAGCAUUACAAACUGGGGAAAUCAAAGGCAUUAAAGCUGUAGAUCCUGAAACAAUAGUUGAGUUGAAUGAUUUACGUAAAAAAUUAAAACCACUGGACAGAGAUGUGAAAAAUGUGGAAGUAACUUCAGUGCCACCUGGAAAGUAUUCUGAGAUUCCUGUAGCAUCUGAAACUGUGGCCAAAAGCAAAAGCAGUGAAACUGAAUCUCAUCCUGUGCCCCGAAUGCAGGUGAAGCCUUCUGAUGCUAUAGCACACAUGGAGAAAAAUCAGAAUGGUGCUGAGACAGCUGAUUUGAAAACUUUACCAAGAUAUCAGAAAGUAACUAAAGAAGUAGCUGUAGGGAUAUCUGACAAUAAGCUGCAUGCUGAGAGUGAAGGCUCAUUACUCAUUUCAAAAUCUCUGAAAGAAAUGGAUAUAGUAAGUUCAGAAGGAAUUCCAGAACUGGAGGAUGUAGCAGUGAGACAAGAAUUAAAAGAAACAACUGUGGUGAAUGUGAGCAGUCCUAAGGAACCCUUAGCAUUGAAGAAUUUGCCAUCAAUUCCUGAUUCUCAUGCAGAGCAAAAGCUAGAACAACUCCAGAAAGUGGAAGAAAGGACAGAAUCAAGAGGAUUUAUGGCUCCAGAAUCUCUCUGUGUAUCAGAGAAAGAGAAGAUUAUAGUUCUAGAAUCUGAUGAGAUUAACAAAGUAAUAGAUUUGGAACAUAGUCCAGAAUCUAUGCAUGUGACAGAAACAUUUUCAAAGACCACCCUAACACCUUUCUAUUUGAUUCAAGCAAAAGAUUCAAAAACAGCUUCAGAAUCUACAAUCAUAGACCUGGAAGCUGAUUUAGAAUCUACUGUUCAUGCAGGUGUAGAAAUUGCAAAUGAUCCUCCAAAACGUAAAUUGUUGGUAGGAUCAGAAAUUUUGGAAAUUGCUUCAGAACCUCCCCACCAUAAUGAAAUGUUAUUAGAGUCACAGUGCACACCAGUAUUGCAAGUGCCAGAUGCAGAACCCAGAAGUGAAGCACUGGCAGGUCCAGAUUUGGAAGCAGAUUCAGAAACCAUAUGUGUGAUUGAUACUGAAGAAUUUGAAGUAAAAAAACCAGAAAUGGCUCUAGCAACUUUGUUUGCCCCCGAUGUGUUAGAUAUAAAAGCAACUCCCAGCUUUCUCCAUGGAACUGAUGAUAAAGUAUUAAAAGUGGCUAAAACAAUUGAAAUGGUGGAUAUAGAAAAAUUGAAGGCAUCAUCUGAGUCUGUGCAUGUACUGAAAGAUACAUUUGAACCCAUUCGCAUAACAGGUGUGAAAGAUUUAGAAACAAGUCAGAAGGUGGAAACAAAUCUAGCAUUUUUGGACAAAAAAGAGAUGAAUUAUGUGCUCACAUCUACUCCCAAAGCUGAUGUGACUGGUUCAGAAACCUUUGAAAGAUGUAAACCAGUUUUGGGUGCACAUAUUUCAGAAGGCACGUUGACAACUGCAGAUAAAGCAGAACAGAAGGAUUCUGGAGUUCUAAAACCAGACACAAAAUUGGCAGUAAAAUAUUCUGAAUCAAUUUCUGAAUCUGCAACUGUUUCAGAAAGAAAGGAUAGUGACAAAACUCAGUCUCUGUUUAUGUUGGAUGUCAAAGAUUCGGGAGCAAGCUCCAGUACUUUAGCUACAAGAGGGAUGGAAAAUUCAGAAGCAGCUAUGCAGUUUGAAACCACCUCUAAACUCUGUGUGCCACAGUUGAGGGAUUCAGAUGGUGCUGUAGAAUCUAUAUCCAUACCUGAAGCAGAAACCAAAGAUUUAGGAAAAGCUCUAAAUUAUGAAACAGUAUUGGAAAUAAAAAAUUCAGUAGCUACUGCAGCACAGCUAAAUACACCAGAAUUGAAGUCUUCAGAAUCAGUCUCUGUAUUAAAACUAGUUGACUCUACAGGAACCCGAGAACUGGAAAUUACUCCAAGAAAUCUAGGUACAACAAAUUCAGAUUCUUCCGGUACAAUUACAGAGACAGAAGUACUGGAAAUAAUAGACUCUCAGAUACAUAGCAAAGCAGAAAGUACUUUGGAAGUAAAAUAUUUAGAAUCGGCUUCAGAAACAGAAUAUGCCCUUGAGACACAUCAGUACAAAGCUGCUCCAGAAUCUGAAAGUGUGAUGGAAGAGAAACAUUCAGAAACAACUUCAGCAGUUGUAGGUUUGGUCAAUAAGGAAGAUUUAGAAACUAUUGCAAAAUCUAAACAUGCUCAGGAAAAAACCUACUUAGAAACUCCUCCACAAUCCCUGUGCACUAUGGAGGCAAGUGAUUUGGAAGGAAGUAGCACAUGUGAAGAAGUGCUGCAUGUUUCAAAAACUACCCCCCAAUUUUCAAGUAUUGUGGAAGAGAAAAGUUCAGGAGCUACAAUAUCAUCUUUGGCUACAGAAAGAGCAAAUGAUUCAGAAAAACAACUAGAAUUACAAAUGCGUUUUGAUGAAACAUGUUCAAGAACAGCUUUAGUACGUACAGAAAACAACUCUAAACCUACUGUAGAAAUGGCAUCUAUUGUGGAUGGCAAGAGUUCUGAGGCAAAUGCAGGGCUUAUGAAUAUAGUAGAGUUGAAAGACACUGAAUCCUUUUUAAAAUCUAAGGUUGCUUCAGAAUCUGUACACUCAAAAGAACCUGAAGAUUUUGAAGCAACCACUAAAUGCGAUUCUAUAGGGAAAGUAAAAGAUCUGCAAGUUGCCCAGACAACAAUGGGAAAAGAGAAGCAAAUGGAUUUUGAAGGAAUUUCAAAAUCUGUGUUAGCUUUGGGGACUCAGGAUUUGGAAAGAAAUUCAACUCCUAUUUUGUUGUCAGAAAAAAAGAUCUCUGAAGCAUCUUUAGAAUCUGCCCAUGUUCUUAGUACAAAAGAUUCAGUACCAGCUCCUAUGACUGCAGAGAACAUAGACAUUACAGAACAAAAUUCCAAAGAGAUAUGCAUGGCAGAGGUGAUUGAUCUGGAGUCAACUACAGAACAACAAGCUAAGAAUUCAGAAACUAUUCCACAAUUCACUGUGGAGGUGAAAACUUUAGAAGCAACUUCAGAGCCUUUCCACAAGCCAAAGGAAAAAGACUUAGAUGGAAUGACACAAGUCUCUUUGGAGGAACAAGGUUUAAAAGUAGCUAUAAAAUCUGUAAGUGCAGCAGCAGAAAACCUGAAAUCAAACCAACAAUUGUUGAAAGAUUCAGAAGUGUCUCUUGAACCUUUGCAAACGGCCAAGGAGAAGGAAUUGGAAAUAACUCUACGUGAUUCUUUGAAGGAUCAGGAUUCAGACACCGCUCCAAAGUCUUCUGAUAUAAUGAAGGAUAAGGAAGAAAAUAUUUUAAAAGACAAGAAAAGUGAAAAAGUAAGCAGCAAAAGUAAAGAUAAAAGUAAGAGUGGGAAAAAAGCAAAAAGGAGUCGAUCAAAAUCUACUUCUAAGUCUAAAAAACGUAAAAAAAAAUCUAGAUCACGUUCCACCUCUAGACAGGUAGCAUCAAGAAGAGCACGUUCUAGAAGUAAAACUGAUUCUCGUUCGAGAAAAAAGGAUUCUACCUCACGUCAUAAAUCUAGAUCAAAAUCUUCUGACAAAAAAGAGAGCAAAGAAUCUUCAGCAAGGUCUAGACGGAGACGUUCACGGACUUCUGAUCGGCUUAAAUCUCGAUCAAAGUCUAUUGACAAGAGAGAAACUUCUGUAAGGUCAAGGCGAAGACGGUCCAGAUCUUCUGAUCGUCACAAGUCUAGAUCCAGAUCAGUUGACAGGAGAGAAUCGGUCAGAAGGCGGCGAAGAUUGUCACGGUCAUCUGAUAAUCACAAGUCUAGAUCCAGAUCAGUUGACAAAAGAGAUUCUUUGAUAAGAUCAAGGCGGAGGCAGUCUAGAUCUUCUGAUCGUCGCAAAUCCAGAUCACGAUCAACUGACAAAAGAGAUACUUCAGUGAGGACAAGGAGGAGGCGGUCUCGGUCCUCAGAUCAUUGCAAAUCCAGAUCCAAAUCUGUUGACAGAAGAGAGUCUUCAGUAAGAACAAGGAGAAGAAAGUCCAUAUCCUCUGAUCGCCAUAAGUCUAGAUCCAGAUCAGCUGAUGACAAAAGAAAAACUUCAGUGAGGUCAAGGCGGAGACGGUCCAGGUCGCCUGAUGUUCGCAAAUCUAGAUCAAGAUCAGUUGACAGAAGGGAAAUUUCAGUGAGGACAAGGCGAAGGCGGUCUCGGUCCUCUGAUCGUAAAUCUAGAUCCAGAUCAAAUGAAAGAAGGGAGAGUUCUGUGAGGGUAAGGCGAAGGCGGUCCCGAUCCUCUGAUAAUCGCAAAAGUAGAUCCAGAUCAGUCGACAAAAGGGACACUUCAUUGAGAGUAAGGCGAAGGCGGUCCAGAUCCUCUGAUCGCAAAUCUAGAUCUAAAUCUGUUGACAAAAGGGAGAGUUCAUUGAGGACAAGGCGAAGAAAGUCUGUGUCUUCUGAUCGCAAAUCUAGAUCUAAAUCUGUUGAUAAAAGAGAGACUUCAUUCAGGGGGAAAAGGAGACGGUCCAGGUCUUCUGAUAAUCGCAAAUCUAGAUCCAGAUCUGUUGAUAAAAGAGAUACUUCCAUUAGGGCAAAAAGGAGACGGUCUAGGUCUUCUGAUAAUCGCAAAUCUAGAUCCAAAUCAGCUGAAAACUUAGAAACUUCAUCAAGAUCAAAAAGGAGACGAUCCAAGUCGGUUGAUAAUAAAUGUAGAACAAAAUCUACUGAAAAAGAAGACCCCUCCCUAAAAUCCAGACACAGAAAAUCUAAGUCUAAAUCAAAGUCCAGAUCCAAAUCAUCUGAAAGAAGAAAAGAUAAAGACUCUUCAGAUGUUUCAGGAAGAAAACGCUCCAAAUCUAGAUCAAAGUCCAAAUCACUUGAAAAAACAGAGGGAACUGAAUCUGUGGAAGCACCUAAUCACACCAAGUCUCCUGAAUAUCAUAAAUCUAAAUCUAGGUCUAAAUCUUUGGAAAAAACGGGAGAGAAAGACCCUUUGCGAAGAUCAAGGAGUAAAGGCUCCAAGUCCUCUGAACCAUCUCGUAGGCAUAGAACAGAAUCACGAUCUAGAAAAAACCGUUCUCGAUCAGCAACACGGAAGAGGUCUUCAAGAUCAAAAUCUGACCAUCGCUCUCAAACACGUUCCCGAUCUCGCUCCCGAUCAUGUUCAAGACGAUGGAGGAGGACUAGAUCAAGAUCUGUGUCGAGACAAAGGUCUUUAUCCAGGGAGAGGCGUAGGAGAGCUCGGCGAAACCGGUCAAGGUCUAUUGACAGGAGGAGGAGGAGGUCUGAUUCAAGAGACAGCUACAGAAUACCCCUCAGAUUACGAUCUCGAAGUCGAACACCUGUUCGUCUAAGAUGCUCUAGAUCCACAGGGAGAAGACGGAGCACCAGUAAAUCACCUGAUCAUCGAAGAUCCAGAACUUCAAGCAGGUCACCUAAGCGUCUGACUGACUUAGACAAGGCACAGCUACUUGAAAUAGCUAAAGCAAAUGCAGCUGCCAUGUGUGCGAAGGCUGGUGUUCCUUUACCGCCAAGCCUGAUGCCUGUUGUUACUCCAGAAAAGAAGGAAGAAAAGGUUGCACAAAAGUCUGCAAAAGAGACAAUAUUGGAACUCACUGAGAAAUGCAAGAAGAUUGCACAAAGCCAGGAAGAUGAUAUUAUUGUGAACAAGCCUCAUGUGUCUGACGAAGAGGAGGAAGAGCAUCCUUUUAUCAACCAUCCCUUUAAACUCAAUGAGCCCAAACCUAUUUUCUUCAACUUAACUACUCCUACUAUAAAACCGGCAGCUCCGAAAAAUCAGGUUACUUUGACGAAGGAGUUUCCUGUCUCUUCUGGAUCUCAACACCGGAAAAAAGAAUCAGAUAGUGCGUAUGGAGAAUGGGUUCCAGUUGAAAAGAACAAGGAUGAGAACAAGGAUGAUGUGUUCCCCAACCCAGCCAAUCUGGAGCCUGUGGACAUCUCGUCAGCACUGACUGAGCGGACCAUAGCCCAAAAGAGGCUUACGGAAAAUACAUUUGACAUGGAGGCAAUGUGUUUGUUAAAUCGUGCACAGGAACGGAUUGAUGCCUGGGCUCAGCUGAAUUCCAUCCCAGGCCAUUUUACAGGAAGCACUGGAGCACAGGUCUUGUCAUCAGAACAGUUAUCCAACAGCGGUCCCCAGGCUUGGAUUAAAAAGGAUCAGUUUCUGAGAGCUGCCCCUGUAACUGGAGGAAUGGGAGCCCAACUCAUGAGGAAAAUGGGAUGGAGAGAAGGAGAAGGCUUGGGUAAAAAUAAAGAAGGAAACAAGGAACCAAUUCUAGUGGAUUUUAAGACUGAUCGGAAAGGCUUGGUUGCGGUGGGAGAAAAGACACAGAAGAGACAUGGACCUUUCAGCGCAGUGAAAGAUCUUUCAGGCAAACACCCAGUUUCUGCAUUGCUGGAAGUCUGUAACAAACGAAGAUGGAUGCCUCCCAUAUUCGCAUUGGUGAACGAUAAUCGACCUGAACACAAUAAGCAUUUUCUCUUUAAGGUAUUGGUCAAUGGAAUUGAAUACAAGCCUAACAGUGUCAGUCCUAAUAAGAAGCAUGCUAAAGCCAUGGCUGCUACUGUGGCUCUGCAGGCAUUGGGACUCGUACCAAAGGAGCUCUUGGCUAAUGCCACCAACUUCAGGAGUGCCUCACACAACUAAACAACUGUUUUUAUAUUGACAUCCUAUAUAUUUUUAUUCUACGCAAAUGAUAUUUCUCUUUUGUGGUUUUGUAAAUACAUUAGCAGCUCAUUGUAAAAACUGUACAGACACCUUCAGGCUUUUCUUUUUGUACAUGGAAAAUAUUUAAAUCACAUGGUUUUGGUAUGUAUAUUGAUGUUAGUGAUGCCAUCAUUUCUUAAAUUACUAAAAAUCCAAACACAUGACUAUGGAGUUAUCUGUAAUUUGUUUUAAAGCUCAACCAAUCUUUACCUUCAAUAUAAAAUUUAAAGUUUUGACUGUUUUGUACCAUGAUGCAGUUCCCAUAGUUUUUGGUAAACUUUCUGUUAAAGCUGUGUAGUCUUAAGUUUACAGUCACAAUGACUGGUAGCUCAUUAUAGACAAGUGCCAGGCCCUCCUAUUUUUUUCUGCAAAGAGAAAGUGGAUACGGUUGCUGGAUGAUGCUAACUAUUGCUAUUCCCCCUAUCCAAAUGCCAUUGAGUUUAGCAAAAUUGUCUAGCUCAGAAAAAAAUUACACUUGUGAGAAUGAAGCACAUCCAGCAACAGAAAUAAUAACUGCAAUAUAAAUUUACCUGCCUGCAUGUUUGGUAGAAGAAACAUGAAACUGUAAUUUGAGUCAAACACAAUGCCUGAUGUGAAUGUAUACAUUUGUGGUAACUGAAUUUUCAGCUAUAACUGGAUUCGGAUGUAGAACGAUGAUGUUGUACUCGGCUUGGUCAAUAAAGCAGCACAAGUUCCUUA